UCCAAAUAAACCCGCGACAAGAUUCAACAAGUUAAAACAGAAAAACAAAAAGGGGAGGAAAUCCAACCACCUUCCUCUUCCUCUUCUUCUUCUUCUUUCUUCUGCCUCCUCCAAAUAACCGAAUCUCCACCUCCCCAACGACGUCGUUUCUCUCAUUUUUCGCACUGUCGAUUUUGGAGUCAAAUCCCAUUUCCAAUUUGAAAUUUCAGCUAGGGUUUCCGUUAGUAUAUUUAUCCAUAGAUUACACGAGCUUAGUUGUUGAUUUGGUGGUGUGUUUGAUUAUACGAAUCGCGGCAGUGGUUCGAAAAUGGCGUCGAGUUUUGAUCGGUGGGAGAAGGAUCCUUAUUUCUCGGCCGCCGAGCAAGUUCAAGAAUCUGCCGACAGGAUGGAAUCCACAUAUAGAACAUGGGUUCACGCCAAGAAAGACAGUUCCAGUAUGUGGAAUCCGGAGGAACUCGGCAGGGAUCUCCGCACAACUCUUGGAACUACCAAAUGGCAGUUAGAUGAGUUUGCACGAGCGGUCAGGGCAAGUUAUGCUAGAGGCCCAAGUGAAGACGCAAGAGAUAGGCACCACGAAUUCAUUGUUGCUAUGGAGGACCAGAUUUCUAAAGUUGAAAAUGCAUUACGGGAAUCUGCCUUGUCUGAGGGAAAGAGUUCUCUACCUUGGGUGCGGUUGGACAAAGGAGAGUGUGACGAACUAGCUUCUUUUCUUUCUGGACUGACUGCUUCUGAAGAGAAAGUUGUUGCUAAGAGUAGAGAUAUUGGAAACCUACAAGUGAAGGAUGGAGAAUCAGCACCGGAUUGUUCAAAGAACUUGUGCGGUUUCCCGGAGGCAAGGGAGGACAAAUCACAUGGGCAUAGGAGGACAGCUAGUGCUGCUGAUAUUGGUUCGUGGAAGAUUGCGGUCUAUGAUGAUGGUCGCUUACCAUCUUCUUCUGCUAUGAUGAUUGAACAACCUGUGCGAAAGAUACCCAGUUUCUCUGGGUUUAUUAGUUCCAUGGAAUCUGCGUCAAAGUUGAAGUGGUCAAAGAAUGGUUUUAGGAAGUGGAAGGCAGUGGACCGUCAUGAAGACACUGGUGCUGCAUUGUUACCAUCUUCUCAGUUUAACAGGGGAAUUGAUGCUUGCUAUGAAAGAAGCAAGAGUUGUUUGGAUAGUGAUUGCUAUGAUAAACAAUUAUAUGGCUGGUAUGGAGCUAUUCAGAGACAGCUUCAACGAUCUCAGUACUAUGUGCAGUAUAGUUGGCCUGCUCAUGUAGCUUUUUGGACAGUUCUUCUCCUUUGCUUGAUUUUUUUGAUUGCAUUCCGUGCAAUCUGAGGAUGUGACCCUCUCCUCAGGUUUUGGUAGCUCAUGGUAGCAGGAGGAGAAAUGGGUCCUGAACAAACUCUAUACAUGCUGUCAAAGAUGGAGAUAAAGUGGGAGAUAUCAUGUCUCUUGAACGGAAUCUGUUCAUACAUAUUUGAAAUGCCAAAUGGCAAACCCGACCUGAUACUUUCAAAGAACCUCCUCUUCUGUUUUUCGUUGUUGUUUUCCUGUAUCAUCUCUUAACUUGAUCUCUUUGAUGGAGGGCAAGUCCUGUUGUAAUAUAGUAGACAAUGUAAAAAAAACUGUGCCAGGUUAGCCAAAUGAUCAUAGCUCAGCUCC